AAUGUCGGAACAAUGCUCUGAGCCGUCUCAAGUACAGCUGACCUUCCUUGGGAUGUUGGUCGUUAAGGCUUUCAGGGGUAAUUUCCUCUCACGCGCAUGUCGCAUCAAUGCCCAGGUGCACGAGCCCCUGGCACAUAAGAAGAGCUCGGUGAUCCUAUAGCCGCCUCUGUCGAACCCUAUCGAAGAUGACGAAGCAGCCCUUGACAGCGUCGAGUUUGCAAUGCCAGCGACCAUGACGGGAGUUCAUCCCGCUAUUCAAGCUGCAGCCGCCGAGGAUGAGGAUGAUGCGAGUAUGGCAAAUUCAGACGACUCAGCACUAGAAGGCGUUGCGCACAACACAAGUUCUGCAGACAUAUCGCCAGACGGGAAUGAUAGGCCUCCAGGCCCUGCCAACGAUCUCUCCGGUGUCCAAAGUGACAUCUAUCCAGACCAAGUACCCAGCGAUGGUAUCAACAACGAUGAUCCCAAUACAGAGCCAAUCCCUACGGAGGAGAGCGAUGGGAAUUCAGCUGAAGUGGAACUCAUCAAUGAAAUUAGGGCCAAAAUCCAAAACAAGAGGAUCAAGCUUUACGAAGGAGGCUUGUCGCCUUGGAUUCAUCCGCCAGAUCCACAAAGUCACUUGGUGGAUAACCCAAAUGAUGUGAACGUCCUCUUCCAUCCUUCAGUCUUCGUUUGGCAUCCAGCUCUUUGGAGCAGGACUGGGAACAGCACCGGGAAAAUCGAUGAAGAAGGCCGUCUUCCGUGUCCACGAUGUCAGGUCGGAUUACGAUUCAAAGGAUGGUGCAAUUCGCCGACUGCUCGGCGCAUACAUGACGACGGGAGACAUUUUUUGUUGAUGGCCUAUCGCUACUGCUGCAAAAACUCAUUUUGCAGCUUAGAAACCAUCAGUGCGUCGGAUACUGAAUUGCUAGAGUCCCUGCCUUACGGACUACAAGUUACCUUUCCUGCUAUUCUCACUCAUCGUUCUGGCAUUUCCAAAACAUUAUUUGAGCGCUUUCAGGACACUGUUGCUAAUGGCUCUGGUCCGGACCCGUUCAGGCAAAUGCUAAACAACAGUGCCAUGCGAAAAUUCCAAGCCUUGAACGCGAUUUACCUAUCGAACAUCAAGGAGUUCUUGUCAAGAAAGCAAACGGACAUUCGGACCUCCUUCAAUGCCGAUAUGCCAAAAUCUGCGGAUAAGUUCAGAUCUUUCGGUGAAUUUAAUGAUCCCUUGCGGUACAACGGACUUGUACCUAGUGUUCACUGGUUGACUGAUUUGUUUACAAAAGAGAUGACCAGGCAAAAGCCAAAAUUGGAUAAGCGGACCUCGAUGCUUUCUGGAACGAAUUUUGGACAUGAUGCAACAUACAAGGGAGCCAUGCGAUUAUGUGCCCCAGAUGGCACAAUGAUCAUGGUCGGAGUUUGGACGAUUGUCAACGAAUACAACGAAGUGCUUGGGCAUCUACUGACUCCCACAAAUGGUGUUGACAAUCUGGUUGCUGUCUUGAAAGCCAUCGAGUCAGACCUCAAUUACUAUCAUGGCCAAGGUUUCGUUGUUUGCUACACGGACAAUCCCAAGCAUGAUCGAAAGAUGAUGCAAGCUUCUAUAAAGAGCUUGGUGGCCGGCGUCGAGCCUGUCGCACAGUACGAAGCUCCGUUGGAAACUGCAAAACUGACAUAUGGCGUGAAGGUGCUUGCAAAAGAAGCCGAAAUUGACGAAGCGAUUCUCAAGAACAUUCUUGAAGAUGCAAAUGACGCUGCAAAGUCGGGCAAGGAGAUCGUUGUUGGACUGGACGCAGAGUGGGACAGUGGCCCUAGUGCCGGCCGCGGUAUCGAUAUCAUUCAGAUCGCCUACAAUGAGUCUGUUCACGUCCUGCGGGUGUCUAAAUUUACGAAAGAUAACGGUGGACAACUGCCGCGAAGUCUCAUAAUGCUUCUAGAGCAUCCAUCAGUACGUAAGACAGGUUGUUGCGUCCAAGGUGACUUGACGCGAAUCAACAAAGCCUUUGGAUUAUCUUGCGUUGGAGCACUAGAACUUGGAUCCGUAAUUGUGCAAAGAGGAUUUGCAGACAAGGCACAAGGCUCUCUCACGAAGUUCACUGAGGUCGUUUUGGGCAAGCACCUACCGAAGCCAGAAGUCCGAACAGGGAAGUGGUCAGCAGAGAAUUUGACAAACGAACAAGCCGAAUACGCUGCGCUCGAUGCUCAAAUCUCGCUUCAGAUAUACCACGAAGCGACUAGGCACCCGUCAGAUGGCAUGCUCACUUCUCAGGCCAAGCCAAAUGAUCUCGUCACGCUUUUCACGAACGAUGGCACACGAGAGGUCGCUCAAGGCAGACUCGCAGCAGAAGACCAGAAGAUGAAGAAGAGGAAGAAUGCGAGCAACUCAGUCGUGGUUAUUGUUGACAAGAUCCUUGUCGAAAGUCUGAUCCCUGGCUCUUGGUUAGACCAAAUCGUCCCUGCAACAACGAUCGAAGGCCAGCAACUGAUACUCAGACGCUACUGUGUGCGCCCGCGACGCUUGCCAGGGAGCCAUCGAAAAGAUUCAGUCCAAACAGAGCCUGUGGCUGAGCACUACAAACCGUUCCAGCCUAGCUUCUUUCCCUUGCAGACGACAAUUGAUGAACUGGACGAUGAGCAUAUGGUUGAAACGACUGUUGACGACGAAUUGGAAGAGGACUCACUUGGCGAGAUCGACGUUCUCCUUGGUGCUUUGCAAGCAGGCGAUCUUUCGGUGGACCACAACGCUCGUGCGGCAUUUGCUGACGUUGCUGCUCAGAUCGAAACACAGCCAGACACUUUAGUUUCGUCAAGUGAUGCGCUUCUCAGCGCGUCACAUGCAGGCAUUGUUGAAGCUAGUGCAGAGCGUCAAGGCACUGUGCCAAGACUCUAUUCACGCGUCCUGGACGACUCAUUUCAUUUUAUGAAUCGAGUGAAAUGGCCUAAGAAGCACAUGCUCCACGCAGCGUUCCGUCGAGAGUUCUCCAACGCAAUCUUCGCCAUCAAUAGCGAAGACAAGGCCUUGGUAGAAGCUUUCCUAUCGAGGGAAGGCAACACUUGGGAAGACGCUUGCCGUUACAAGCCCAAAUGGAUCAGAAGACAUGUGAGGCGGUUCAUUCCUGAGCCGAACGUGCUCUAUAUACGAGUAAAGGCCCUAUUUGACUAUGUCGCUGGUAUCGAAUGCGCUGCCACCAAGAAGCCUUUCAUCACCCCCGACAUGCUCAAAGACGUGGCAAACCUCCUGGAAUCUAUCAAAGCAGGACACCUCUCGGAUCCUCCUGGCGUCUGCUUGCAUCACCAAUCUGGAUCAAGUCAAGGUCUUCCCAUAUGGCGAUCGGUAAGGGGAACGUCGAGAAAUGAAGUGUUCCAUCGGAGCACUAACCAGAGGAAUUCCAUCAUUCACGGGAGCUACCAAUAUGGGGUCUCUUGGAUGACGCUGCAACGUUCUCGCUAUAAUUUGCGAGUUGGUAUGCGCUGGCGUCACGGCAUAUGUUGGAAAGGUGGAUACAAUUUUGAGCUUUUAGAUCAGCUCAAAAUGCUCCACAUUGAACUUGGCAUACCUGUCCCAGAAGUACUGCGUCACUGGGUUGUGGUGGAUGAAUACGCUGAUCGCGAUUCUCGUUAUCUCGACCAACGAUUUGGAGUAGCACGCCUCUCCCCGGAGCUUUGCACAUCUCACGGUUUUGAACCGUAUGCAAAAGACGAACAGGUCCACGGCUAUCUCGCCAGCCAGUUCGGAACAAAGUUCGCGGUUGCUCCCGUGACAACUAAAGCAGAAAGGGAUUUGUGCAGACUCGCUCUGGACGAAUGGCAAAGGUCAAGUGGGCGUUUAAACAUAUUGCCUUCGGCUGAGGGCUAUAUGCAUAUCACCAGAGCUGUCAACAAAAAGGCUGAUGGGCAGAUCAUGCAAUACAAGCUUGUCGACCAUGUCAGGAAAUUCUUCGAGAGUGACGAGAAGAAGAGGAUGAACGACACGAUGACGAAUUUCCUGCACUCAUCCGCGAUGCGACGAAUAGCUGCUGGUUACCAGGCAAGGUUAUCGACAGAAACGCGUUAUAUCACUUCAAGCGACCCUAUUGUGCGCAACCUUGGACCCACCAGACCGCCUGAGCAGCCUGUCAGGCUUAUGAACUUCGCCGCUCCUGCACCAGCACCACGGCCCGUUGAUCCCUCGGCGCCCGAAAUUUUCAUCCAAAAGGGAAAGCACUCAAGUGAUGUGCGCAGAGUCUGCAAGAGUUGCAGUCUCAAAACAUGCGGUGCCUUGAAAGCAGUACAUUGUGUGCUUCAUCCCUCAAGUUUGAGUCGUGCUGAACGCUCCGUAAGGUCAGGAAAGCUGAAGCCAGAUAUCUUGAGGUUAUGGAAUUGCUGGCAUGUAUUGCAGUAUGAACGCAAGAGGAAUGCAGGAUUGACAUUACCUUCAGCUUGCACCACGAAUCGUAUAAAACUGUUAGACAAGCUCCAUUCCGGUAUGGGGAGCAGGUCAAGCAAGCUGCUUGGCUUCCUUCAAUCUGACGCAAACUUGAUUCAGGAUGUGCUGAAAGCAUACAUUGAGGAACGGAUAGUCUACAACCCGUUUGUUUAGGGAAUUGAUAGAUAGACGAAGAUACAGUCG